UUUUGAGAGGCGAAAAGAACCUUUUUUUUACAAAGCAGCAGACUACAGAGUGCCCUCCUCCCACUCUACUCAAUCGAACUUAGGGUUUCUCUUAAAAAAAUCUCCAAUGGCUUCUAGACUAUGGGUAUCAAAAGUUGCUUCUCAUCUCAAACUCUCUAUUGCUCACAGAGGGUUUGCUUCUGUUGUGAAGGAUCUGAAAUAUUGCAACUCUCAUGAAUGGGUUAAAGUUGAUGGUGGUUCUGCAACAGUGGGAAUUACAGAUCAUGCUCAGGAUCAUUUAGGAGAUGUUGUGUAUGUUGAAUUGCCAGAAGUUGGAACUACUGUAACACAAGGAAAGAGUUUUGGUGCUGUAGAGAGUGUUAAGGCAACCAGUGAUAUAAACUCUCCGGUUUCAGGGAAAGUUGUUGAAGUUAAUGAAGAACUCAACAGCUCUCCUGGUUUGGUUAAUGCGAGUCCAUAUGGAGAAGGAUGGAUUAUGAAAGUGGAAAUGGGCAACUCUGGUGAAGUUAGCUCUUUGAUGGACUCUGAUCAGUACUCCAAGUUCUGCGAAGAAGAAGACUCAAAGCAUUGAGUGAAAGGCUAAGAAGAUCAUUCUUCAAUACCCAUUGCAGAAAAGAAAAGAAAAGAAAAAACAAAAAAAGUCCCAAUUUCCCUUUUCAGCUUUCUCUAGCUAUGAAUUGCUAAAGGCAGUCAAUAAUUUUUACUUUUCUAAUUCUUUCUUGAGUGACAAUGUGGUGGACGACAAGUACGGUUUUCUAUCUUUGAGAAUAAAUCUCUCGGUUUUCCUAUGAUUUGCCCAGUGUUAGUUGCCUUGCA